UUCUGUGCGUACAACUUCCGCCGGAGGGAACACUCGCCCUUCGCAGGCAUGGUGCGCGGCAGUUGCGGGUUGUACAGAAAGUAUGGAAACUUCAUUGAUAACCUGAGACUCUUCACCAAGGGAGGAAGUGGUGGAAUGGGCUAUCCUCGCUUAGGUGGAGAAGGUGGAAAAGGUGGUGAUGUCUGGGUUGUAGCCCAUAACAAAAUGACUUUAAAACAACUUAAGGAUAAAUAUCCUCAGAAACGGUUUGUGGCUGGAGAAGGAGCAAACAGUCGAGUUAGUGCACUGAAAGGCUCCAAAGGAAAAGACUGUGAAAUUCCUGUACCUGUGGGUGUUUCAGUGACUGAUGAAAAUGGUAAAGUUAUAGGAGAACUCAAUAAAGAGAAAGACAGAAUUUUGGUAGCUGAAGGAGGUCUUGGUGGUAAAUUACUUACAAAUUUCUUACCAUUGAAAGGCCAGAAGCGAGUAAUUCACCUUGAUCUAAAACUUAUAGCUGACAUAGGCCUGGUGGGAUUCCCAAAUGCUGGAAAAUCCUCUUUGUUAAGUAAGAUUUCUCAUGCAAAACCUGCAAUUGCAGAUUAUGCAUUUACAACAAUAAAGCCUGAACUUGGAGAAAUUAUAUAUAGUGAUUUCAAACAGAUAUCUGUAGCUGAUCUUCCUGGUUUAAUAGAAGGAGCACAUAUGAACAAAGGAAUGGGCCACAAAUUCCUCAAGCAUAUAGAAAGAACUAAACAACUGCUUUUUGUUGAGUUAGAAUUGUACAAAGAGGAACUUCAGACAAAACCUGCACUCCUAGCAGUAAAUAAAAUGGACUUGCCAGAUGCACAGGAUAAAUUCCAUGUACUGAUGAACCAACUCCAGAAUCCUAAAGAAUUUUUGCAUUUAUUUGAAAAAAGCAUGAUUCCAGAGAGGACUGUGGAAUUCCAACAAAUCAUCCCCAUCUCUGCAAUUACUGGAGAAGGAAUUGAUGAACUAAAGAACUGUAUAAGGAAAUCUCUGGAUGAACACGCCAACCAGGAAAAUGAUGCAUAUCAUAAGAAGCAGUUGCUUAAUCUACAUAUUUCCAAUACAGUAUCUUAUAGUGAGCCACCAUCAAAGAAUGCUGUUUCGAGUCCUAGAAUGGAUAUAACUUAAAUGUAUUAAAAGUGAUACUGAAAUUGUGUUCAUUUGAAAGCUCUUUGACGAACAUUUUUUAGAAUGUUGGUUGUCACUAACCUGCUGUAUAUACUAUCAUUCAAGAACCAUAUUUUUAAAGAUGUUUAGUUAAGUUUAUCAACAGAUAAAAAAAUAACUGAGAGUUAAAAAUGACAGUUUAUAAUAUUAUGGUCAUCCACCUGUAAUAACAUCCUAUAGUAUUCUAUAUGUAAGUCUCUAGUGAGAUAAUUUUUAAGGUUAUAAAAAAGGAUUCCUUAAGAGCAACUAGGUUUUAUUUCUUUGUUUUUGAGUUUGUCAUUACCUGGUUCUCCUAAAUUUGUAAUAGUUCUCUUUUUUUUUGAAAAACCUCAAACUCCUGAAUUUGAACAUAUUCACUGAUAAUAAAGAUCACUGAUAAUCAGCAGAUAGAUCUUUGCAGUUUUAGCUUUUGGAAUUUUUUCUUUCUUAAGUAUGAAUAUUAUUAUCCUCCUUUGGAACACACUAAUGUAUAUCUCAUUUUCUGUCUGUUUCACUGUCUACUUCCAUAUUUUAGUAAAGAGAAUAAAUAGGAAGUACAGUAUUAAGGAAUAUUAUCAAUCGUCAAUAUAUUCUCAGGAGAUUGUAAUUUCUAAAUUUUUCUUGACUUUCAAAAAUACUUAAAAUUAGACAUUUUCUUGUAAUGUAUUUUAUUGUAAAAUACACAUAUUUAAAAAAAAUAAAAUUUAAACAGUGCAAAAGCAUAUAUAGUAAAAAAAAAAAAAAAAAGUUCCAAUCUUUUUGCAUCAGGCUUUCCAGUUCUUAGAGAAAACCACAUGUUCCUACAGGAUAUUUUUAUGCAUGUAUCUUUUUGCCUAAAUGAGUUCAUUAUAUAAACUUUUCCAAAGUUUUUUUGUUUGUUUUUAUAGAAUAAUAGCAAGUUAAAGAGCUUCUGAAAAGUAUUCUUCAGUGCUACUCUUAAACUGUUAGAAAUUGUUUUGGAAUUUAACGCUAAGUGAAGCCUUGAAAAGUAAAAGUGUUAGUUGCGCAGUUUUGUCCAGCUCUUCAUGACUCCAUGGACUAUAGCCCACCAGACUCUUCUGUCCAUGGGGUUUUCCAGGCAAAAAUACUGGAGUGGGUUGCCAUGCCCUCCUCCAGGAGAUCUUCCUGACCCAUGGAUUGAACCUGGGUCUCCUGCGUUGCAGGCAGAUUCUUUACCGUCUCAGCCCCCAGGGAAACCUUCAGUUUAGUUCAGUUCAGUUGCUCGGUCAUAUCCGACUCUUUGCGACCCCAUGGACUGCAGCAUGCCAGGCCUCCCUGUCCAUCACCAACUCCUAGAGCUUACUCAAACUCAUGUCCGUUGAGUCGGUGAUGCCAUCCAACCAUCUCAUCCUCUGUCAUCCCCUUCUCCUCCCUCCUUCAAUCUUUUCCAGCAUCAGGGUCUUUUCAAAUGAGAAAAUGGGAACCCUUAACAAGUAUUAAAUAAAAAUGUCCAUAUCAUUCUACUUAAAUUUCUUCUGAUAUGACAAUGUGAGUGUCUUCUUACAAGUGUUAUUUCACUUUUAUUUGUUCUGUUUUCUAUUCUCCACUCCUACCUCCCAUCCCAGUCCCCAGAUCACUGGCUUUUCUUGUAUUUGUUUUCAUGCAUGGUAUUUAUUGAGUUUCUCCUUUGUGUCAGGCACUGUGCAGGGCACUGCAUGUACAGUGUUGAGGAGAAUAGAUAGGACCGGCUGCCUUCAAGGAUCUCACAUUGAACAGCAGAAGCUGCUGGAGAUUAGAGCAUUUUACAGAAAAGUAAAAGAGUGAGGAAAGCAUUGGGAAUUUGAACAUCUCUACUGAUCGUAGUGUCCAGGUUUCAUACUGGGUAUGUUUUACAUUUAUGACUUGAGUCUCAUUUUUCUCUCUUUCUAUUAUUUCUACUUUUUCUACUUCUGUUAUUUCCUAAGUAUAAACAAGUAGCAGUGUGUGAGGACAGUUUCAUCCGGUGAAUUUCUGACACCAUAAUCUUGCUUUUUGCUGUAACAAAGGGUAGCAGAUGUGUGUUGAGGACUAAGAGGAAUUGUAGCUUAUUAUGUCUUUAUUACCUAGGUUACUACUCUACGACUGAAACAUUUUAUGUAAAUCACUAAAAUGUUCCAUUAUUUUUAUUUUCCUACCAAAAGUGUACCCUCUAUCCCUUUUUUUGAUGGUUGAUUUUUACUCUAAAGAAGAAAAUCUGAAUUCCUUUUUCAUUUUAUAAAAAAUAAGUUUAAACAUUUAUUUUGAAAUAAAUACUUUAACUGCCAUUUAUUUUGUCCUUAAGCAAGACUUUUUCAUUUUCAUCUUUCAAAAUAAAUACUUUUUGGAUCCUUAAUUGCUAUAGUACUGAACGGCCAGGGUAUCAAUACACUAUGUAUAACAAAUUUUUACCAAGUCCCAGUAGUUCAUGCAGAGCUUACUACACCAGAUAGAUUUACCAUCAUGAUUCACAAAUGUAAAUCACCAGACACUGUCAAGUAUUAAGUAUACUAUACUGUGAGGUUGGAAAGAUUUUUACUAUGGGAAGAAAAAAAUUCAGAAACUUACUAUGUUGUUCUUUUUAUAAUAUAUAUCCAUAAUAUUCUUAUCAUAGCAAAAUGACCUUUAUGUUAAAUUACUAUUUUCUUUUAAGUAAUAAACAUUUAUUAUUCAGGGGGAAAAAAUCUGCUUUCAUAAUGGGAAAAAUUAGGUCAGGGGUAUUUUAUUUCAGGUUUUAUCCAGUUUUCUUAUAAAGUUAUGUUUUCUUUUAGCUCAGUGUUCAUUUGCUUUGUGAGGACAGAAGUCAGAGAUUCUUUGGAGAAAGUUAAUGAAAGCUACAGAUUUGUUUUUCUUGCUAAAAAUAUACACAGACACAUGGAAUAUUUCCCAGUUUCUUGAGGUUUACAAAGUUCUGAUAAGAUUUCAGUUAAUAAAGGUAAGUUCCAUCUAGAAAUUUGUAAUACAAUUUGUAAUGUACCUUUGGGGCUUCCGUGACAGCUCGCUGGUAAAGAAUCCUCUUGCAGUGCAGGAGACGCGGGUUGGAUCCCUGGGUCAGGAAGAUCCUCUAAGGAGAAAAUGGCAACCCACUCCACUAAUCCCAGAAAAUCCUGUGGGCAGAGGAGCCUGGCGGGAUACAGGCCAUAGGGUCAUAAAAGAGUUGAAUGCGACUGAGUGACUAAGCGACAACAAUAUACCAUUUAGGUACAUUAAAAAUAAUGUUUCAAAGCAACAGCAUAUAAGUAUACUUACAAGCUAUAGCUUAAAAAACAAUGAAAAUGAUCAGUAAUAUAAACAGUAAAAGUUAUACAAAAGACACUUACAUUUUUAAAAUAUGGCAGCAUCUUUUUUGAAGACCAAAUUGUUAGGUUGGAUAGUAGGUACAUGAGUGUUUUGUUUUGGCUUUGUAACUUUUGAUGAGUCUAAAGUAUUUUAUAAUUAAACAUAGCUUGCCUUGCAAAAGUUUAUAACUUGGGAAUUAAGAUACAAACAUUGUUGAUAAAUGUUUGCAGACAACAUGGUACAGUCUUUACUGCAGAGUUUAAUAAUGAAAAAUAUCCAUUUUUUUCCUUGAAGAGCUAUUUCAGAGAAGCAUUUGAUUUGUUUUCUGUUUUGUGACUGGAAGUGGCAAAAGAGGGAACAUAUCAGAGGAAUCUCUAGUUUUGAAUGUGUGUCACAAGCCAUCUGAAGGAAAAGCCAAAUCAAAUAAGUGACAGGAAUGAGAAAAGGAGAAAAAAGAGAAAAAUAUGUAGUUGGAAAGUUGGAGUAUUUUCUUGUAGAGUAAAAGUUGGGCUCAGUGCCUCAGCUGGAUGAAAAGCCAGUGGCAAUUUCAACUACCUUUUUGGACCAUAACUAACCACUAAUUUUAGGCACUUCUAAUUUUAAAAGUUUUGUUUCUUGUUAUAUGAUAGUAGCUUAAUUAAUAAUUGUUGGGUACUUUGAAGACUUCAGAGGAAAUAAUGUCCUUUGUGUGUAUUAUUAAUGUGUUCAUAAUAGAAAUCAAAUCCUUUGGGGUACCCAGAUAUCAAGCUAUGUGAAGUAUAGCUAUUAUCUGAAACAUGUCCUUUCCUUUGAAAUACUUGGAAUUUGAAGAACAGGGUAUGCAAUUUAUAAAUAAUUCUGGAGCAAUAUAUGGCAAGGCAGUUUUUUCCUAUUUAUUUUGUAAACUGAGUACAUUGAAAGUUGAAAGCAAAGGACAAGAGCUUCCUUUGUUCAUGACACAUAUUUCAAUAUAUUUUUCUGAAAUUGUAUCUUCUGACCAGUGCCUUCAUUUUCUUGUUAUCAAAUAUUGGUAUUAUUUCUAUAUAAAAGGCUUUAGGAAGGCUAUGGUAUAAUUUUCUUAAGAAAAAGGAUACUAUUAUAAAGCUAAAACAUACUUUGAGUUUUAUUUGUAUAUGGUUUGCUACAUUUGGGGAGACUGAAAAUAUUUUGUCAGGAGCAGACAUUGAGUAAAAGGUUAGGGCUGUGGAUGGAUUUGAAACACAAUUAUAUGACAGAGUAAAUAAAACCCCCUGAAUACAUAAAAGUCCCUGGUCUACCAAGUUCUAAUGGGGGGAAAUAAGAGUACUGUGUAAUAAUGGAGCCUCAGUUUUAAAAAUAAAUCUUUCUGUGAACUGGUACUACUGUCAGGGUCAAGAGAAAUUGUAAGAACACUAUUGAGCACAUAUCACCUUUCCUAUAAAAACAUGACCCAGAAAACUCACAUGCUUUGUUGUUGUUCAUUCGCUCAGUUGUGUCUGACUGUGACCCCAUGGACUGCAGCCAGACUUUCCUGUCCUUACUUCCUUACCUUCCCUACCUCCCGGAAUUUGCUCAAACUCGUGUCCAUUGAGUCAGUGAUGCCAUCCAGCCAUCUCAUUCUCUGUCGCUCCCUUCUCCACUUGCCUUCGGUCUUUCCCAGCAUCAGGGUCUUUUCCAGUGAGUUGGCUCUUCACAUCAGGUGGCCAAAGUUUUGGAACUUCAGCAUCAGUCCUUCCAAUGAAUAUUCAGGAUUGAUUUCCUUUAGUAUUGACUGGUUUGAUCUCCUUACUGUCCAAGGGACUCUCAAGAGUCUUCUUUAGCACCACAGUUAGAAAGCAUCAGUUCUUUGGUGCUCAGCCUUUAUUGUGUUCCAACUCUCAUAUCCACACGUGACUACUGGAAAAUCCAUAGCUUUGACUAUAUGGACCUUUGUCAGCAAAGUAAUGUCUCUGCUUUUUAAUACGCUGUCUAGGUUUGUCAUGGCUUUUCUUCCAAGGAGCAAGUAUCUUUUAAUUUCGUGGCUGCAGUCACUGUCUGCAGUGAAUUUGGAGCCCAAGAAAAUAAAAUCUGUCACCAUUUCUACUUUUUCCCCAUCUAUUUGCCAUGAAGUGAUGGGACCCAUUAAUGUCAUAAUGCCAAAUUUGUAACAUAUUCAUCAAAUGUUUAACAUACAGGUUUCUCUUUAAAAACUGGGUUAAAAAUAUGCGUGGUGCAGAGUGAAGUAAGCCAGAAAGAUAAAGACCAAUACAGUAUACUAACGCAUAUAUAUGGAAUUUUAAAAGAUGGUAACGCUAUACGCAAAGCAGAAAAAGAGACACAGAUGUACAGAACAG